AUGGCGACCGGAAGUGCCGCAGACCCGCAGACUCUGGUUCUGAGUGCUCUGGCAGACAAGUUCCUCACUCGAAAUGACCACUUGACCUUCAGGAGCUGCGCGAAAUUGAAUGCCUCACUGGAUAAAGUGCUUCCACGUCCAUCCGGUCAAUCUUCCAGCGCCACUUUCGAAAAUGCUGACCGCCCGGGCACUUUCCAGUAUAUGCUCAGCACACACUGCUCGAUUCUCGCUUGCAGUGUUGAAGUCUGCGCUGUCGUCGUCUCUGGCGCGCAACUGGGACCUCCAGACGAGAAUGCCGACGUGGUCAACAUCAAAGACCCGCGCAUCGUAAUCGCCGCUGCUUCCGACCAAGAUGACUACAAGAACCCGAAAAUCCAGGAAGAUGGGCUUGAGCACAAGGUGACGCUGUCCAAAUUUGAUGUGACCGGUGCCGACGCCCCGCCAGAGGAUGUCGUCGCCGCUCUGGUGAAGGACCUCAUCGCAGAUGAAGGGGUCAAAGGCGCCUUCCAGCAGGGUUUCAAUAAGCAUGUUCGCACCUAUUUCCAAUACCUGCGAGCAGUUCAUUCAGCCAGUACCAAGGAGAUGCACACAGCGUCUGUGAGGCGUCUUCGAGACUACGUGUACGCAAAGUCGUACCCGAAGAUGCUGUCCCGCUUCGCCGCUGGAAGCAAGAAGGGUCGAGACGACCGMACGGCCAACUUCUGGCAAGUCUUGAUGCAUGAGCUCAAAGACCUACCUGAACACGCACGCAGUAUUGCGAUGCCAGCAGAUCUCGCCGAUAAAAAGCCAAACGCAGCCCAAAUCAGCCUCAUCAAGAUGGCCUUUGCUCGCGUUGACUAUGUCGACUUCUUCACGAAAUGUUCAGUUUACCGAACUCACGUGGACCGCCUGCGAUUCUCGCAAAUGCUGCGCGGCUUCUUGGUUCGAGCGAAAACUGGACUCGAUCGCCUUGCCACUUCCAUGGAAGCUGUGACCUCCAAGUCCAAGCCUAUCUCGGAGAUCAUAUCCGCCGUGAACUAUGCCCGUGAUGGGAUGAUUGUGUUGCUCAACUUCCUCGACGCUUUUGACGUGUUUCUUGAGCCACACCUGGAAUGGCUUGCUGAAUGCGCCAACGUGACCGACUUCAAGGAACCGCCAACGUGGACUGUGCCAACAGUUGCAGAAACACCCAGUCAGAGCCAGAAGAAGCCCGAAGCUACUGGGUCUGAAGAAUAUCCUGAUGCGGAGACGAACGAGAUCGAGGAGGAAGAUGAUGGUACAAAGGAGUUCUAUCAAGCCCAAGAUAUCGUCAAUGGGAUGAGCACAUCUCGCCAGUAUCAGGCCUGGGCUUCGGCAUGCAAGAAUUUCCUUCGACUUCCAUGCCUGCACGAGCUUUCUCUCCGACGGGCGACGAUUGCUGUCCCAGGUCGCAAGACUGGAAGCCAGAAGUACGAAUCGGCGCUGGUGGAGCAAGCAGAAAUAACCGUCGUCAAUUUCGAGAUCAAUGCUUGGGACAAGGAGAUUGCGAAGAUCGACAAGGAUUUCAUCGCAAAGCUCCAGAAGUUUGAGCCGGACUUGGAUGUGAAGAAGCUUCUGGGCAAGGACAAGAAGGAUCUGGGAUAUCUCGGAGAUCCGAAGAUUGUUGGGUCGGGCAAGCUCAUCCAGCAUUCCAACCCAAACAUCAAAGGCGCGCCACACUGCGAGAUGAUUCUCAUGAGUCUCAUUGCCAUCGCAAACGACAAGGAGAUUAUGAGUCACAUCGACGACAAGUGGUUGAAGCACAAUGGUAUCUUUGCGACCCAGGAGGAUUUGCUCGAUCUUCCUAACGUCAUGAACAUGGUGGUGGUGUCGAAGAAGAAUUGUCCACCUUGCGAGAAGACUCGCCUCCAAAUGUCGAAAUCUGGCAUCAUACACCGAGACUUCAUCGCCCCGGGCUUCCACAACAAAUGGUCCGGUGUAAUGCUACCAGCAAUCAUGCCCAAGAAGCUUGGGCAAUCUGUUGUGGAGUCUACCAAGCGUGAGACGGCCCAGAAACUGCUUGCGUUCCAGAAGCGCGUUGACGACCAAGCGGCUAAGCUGAAGCAAAAGGAGAGUCCGCAGUCCGAAGAGCACGACAUGUCGCCCGAUCACUUCGCCGUUGUUGAGAAUCCCGAUCUUGAAGUGGAGAUUGACAUUGGUGAUUUCGAAGCUUGCAUGGAAGCGGAGAAUGCUAGGCAGGAGCCUGAGCCAGACACGCCAGACCUAUCCAUGGCGGAAGAAGAAGGUUCACAGGCUCCCCAAUCUACCUUGCCGCAUGGAAUGAAGAGAGAUGAGCGUAACUUCACCACUGAGACCCAAGGUGAUCGGAAGAGGGAGAAGGAUGAUUAG